GUCGAACGGGAUACCUGCUCGUGAUUCUUUUUUUCGACGAUGUAAGUGCUGUACAAUAAUCUAACUCUAGUCCGUUGUAUUUUCGAUUAACCCUUCGAUGGACCAAUGUUAGAGCUGCGGGGUUCGAAAGUUUUGUAAUUUGUAGACCUCGAAAAUUCUGAGAAAAUUAUGGGGUACAUUUUUUUCGAAAUAAGUAGAAAGCGAGUUAUCGAAGUACUGAUAUGAAUUAUAAUAUUUGAGUUAGUAAAGCAUCUUAGAAAUAUCAAUAAGAUAAUAUAAAAUAUUUUUAUUACGACGAAGAGAAUGACUAAGACCGAGUGCUGGAAAGACAAAUACGUGAACCGGUUAACAUUGGUAAAUUGUGGUUUAGAAUAUGAAUGAAGGGUGUGGUCUGGCACCUAACACCCAAAUUUACAUUGCUAAUGUGCUCCGGUUAGUAUACCUGUCAUCGUUCCGAUCUUUCGAAUUUGAUCGACGAGGAAUUUAUUCUCCAAUCGUUGGAGUCUAGUGAAAGCCAUUAUAUUUUCUUCGGUUGAAACUACAGAACAUCCUGUUAGCAAAAAAAAUGAAUUCUAACUGUUUAACCCUUUCAUGUACGCUCAAUUAAAAAUAAAACAGCAACAAGACGACUAACAUGUAAACUUGACGGUGGGCGUACAUUUCCGUCUUUUGCAACCGGAGGAUUAAAGCGAGUCUACGAAAAAGGUCACACAGGUGUCAUAUAGAGAGAGAGGAAAUCGAGAUUGACUUCAAGGAGUCGGUGCCAAAAAUUUUGACAUUUGUGGAAAAGUUUGCAGGUAACCUAAUUUCACGAUCUUGAACGACAAAUUUUUUGUGCGUAACAAAAUCGUGGAGUUGAGGACACGAUCGCUCGAUCAUGGCCGUCUCGCGAAUUUCGUGGGACUGACAAUGAGAAGUUCAAUUCCGAUGUGACAUGGCCCUUGAACCAUGCUGUUCAAGGUUGACUAGCCAAGGAAAAUGCGAAAGACAAGCACCGACGAUGAGACCAGAAGAUGCGACACGACGCGUUGACAAUCAAGGGAAGAGGAGCGACGCGAGUAGAUGUCAACCUGACAGUUCGAGCGUGAUGUCACCCAGCAACAGAAACGCGGACGAGGCUAUAAACGAUGCACUGUUGGAGAAGCUUAGGAGUUGCGCCGCAAAACCGCUGGAGAACGGAGAUACCUUCAGAAAUGUUGUAGCUAAGAUCCAAGCGCGAGUUACAUCCACAGAUCGACGCGUACGCGAGCGCACGCUGGAGAAAUUAUGGCGCAAGAAUUCCGGAAUCAUGGAAAUAUUCAUUGCGACGCUGGAGAAUUGCAAGGAUCACGUGAUAAACUGCAGUAUCGCCAGCAUAAUACACGAGUGUGUUUCACCUCGAGUUCCCAAGGGGAAGUCCAAAGGAAUGAAGAACAAAAGUGUCACAAAAACCAGUAGCCGAAUGGCAGUGAUGCAGCUGAUCAAUUUAGGAAUCACGCAAGUCCUGGUUAAGCUUCUGAUUAACCUGCUGCACACGGACAGCGUGUCGAGCGAGGUCCUCACGCAGGAGGUGCUUUGGAUUUUGGGCCAGGUGGCACCGAGGGACCAGAAGUUCGUGGCCAAGAUGAAACUGCUUAGCACCGUUAAAGUGUUCCACAUGCUUCUCAAGCUACAUUACAACAACAGUAAGACUCUAUUGCCUCUGCUGUUGAUCAUCAAAUGCCUUGCCAGAAACACAUACUCUCUUCAAAUAUUGGUCAAGGACGGAAUCGCCAAUACUCUGGAGAAGACGUUCGUCUGCAUCGGUUACAUGCCGCAUCUGAAACUGAGGAUAUUGAUGGAGUGCUUCAAAUAUUUUACGACGAGUAGAUUAUUCUGUACGAAGUUCGUAAAGUUGGGUCUGGUGUACCUAUUGAUGAGAAUCUUCGACAGAUGGGAACGAUUCGAAGGACCGAUAAAGUUGAAGAUCUUAAAUUAUACUCUCAUUACGUUGCAGCACCUGAGUGUCACGAAAGCUGGCAGGAAGGCAAUCAAGGCGAACAAUGGACUGCAUCUAUUGUACCGGUUCUGCAGCAACUGUCCGGAGGAUAAAGCGUACGAUUGUCUCCUGUCACGCGUAUGCGGGGUUAUCAAUCAAUGUCUAGAGAAGAAGGAGUUGCCGGUACCCGAAAUGUCUCCAGCAAGAUUCGUACUACCAGAAGCGAACGUUAGGCCAAACAGCGCCGAGAGCGGCAGCGACGUCGAUAGUCAGGGGAACAGCGUGGCCUCUCUAGGCAGGUUAUACAGUGAUCUUGAUUCUGGAGACGAUGAAGAAAGUCAGAACUCGAGAACAGACGAGAAGACUAUCCAUUCGGCGGACGAAGUGGACGAGAGUAAAUUCUUCGCUGGUGUCUUCACUUCUCAGAGAACCGAAGAGGACCUGACCGAGUACAACACAUUCUUCAAGGAACUGAGCAACUUGAAGAGUCAAGUAACUUUUCAAAAGCCUGCGAUAGAACUGAUUGACUCAUCCGUGGAGAAUAAGUCGGAUGUUAACUCGAAAACUUUUACGAAGAACUCGGUGAAAGAGGAUGCGAACAAAGAUCAAACGGAGAAUGGAAGCAACCCGAUUAAAAUUUUCGGCGACAUAUUACCGACUUUUACGAAUCAGCAAGCUUAUUGCAUAGUGGCGAGCAGAGUGAAGAGCGUGAUCGGUUUCGUGAAGGUAGCUUAUCCGGACCUGGUUGGCGGCAACGGUCUAGGAAAGGACGAACCUCUGAACAACAAAGACCGAAAGGUCUGUCGUUCGAAGCUUCUGACGUGCGUGGAACGCGGUCUUCACGGUGGUACCUUGGUCGAAGAAGUGGUGUACGAUCUCGACGCGGUAGCAUCCGUAGACGAACAACCUUCCAGUGACAAACAUUUGUGUAACUGGGACGAGAGCAGAAUAGGAAAACGUUGUACAGAGACGAAUCAGCUGCAGUUCGAGUCUAGAUUCGAAAGCGGGAACUUGAGGAAAGCUAUUCAGAUAGGCCUGAGAGAGUACAAUCUGAUCCUCACACCAGACGUGAACAGCGGCUCGAGGCACCAAUGGUUCUACUUCGAGGUGUCCAACAUGGAGGCGAACGUGCCUUACACGUUCAACAUCAUCAACUGCGAGAAGGCGAAUUCGCAGUUCAAUUUCGGCAUGAAACCGAUUCUUUUCAGCGUCACCGAAGCACAUUUGGGUAGACCAGGUUGGGUGAGAGCCGGAACAGAAAUCUGUUACUAUCGAAACUGUUAUCAACGACCAGCCAAGGGGAAGAAUUAUCUCACUACUUCGUUUACGGUCACCUUUCCUCACGCUUAUGACGUCUGUUACCUGGCUUAUCAUUUCCCGUACACGUAUAGCCAGUUGAUGACUGAUAUCUGGAAGUGGACCAAGAGAGUUCCUGCGAACACUUACUUCCGAGCAGAAACACUCUGCAAUACUCUGAACGCCAACGAAAAUCCUCUGCUGACUAUCACGAGUUUGGAUUCUAAGAGCAACCCCAUAGAGAAUCGUAAAGUGAUAUUCUUGACGUCGAGAGUUCAUCCGGGUGAAAGCAACGCCUCUUGGGUGAUGCAUGGUACCUUAGAGGCGCUGUUAGAUAACAGCGCUUAUGCGACAAGUUUGCGAGACGAUUACGUGUUCAAAAUUGUACCGAUGCUGAACAUCGAAGGCGUGGUGAACGGCUGCAAUCGAUACGGAUUGACGAACGAGGAUCUGAACAGACGUUGGAGCAACCCGAACCGGACUCUCCAUCCGGUGAUCUACCACACGAAGGGCCUGAUGGAGUACUGCACGAGGGUGUUGCAAAGACCUCCCCAUGUUUUCGUCGACUAUCACGGCCAUUCACGGAGGAAGAACGUGUUUCUGUUCGGUUGCUCAAGGUCGGGUUCUUGGAGCGCAGCGGACAGGGCGAAACCGGACCAGCCGGUGCAGUAUUUGAUGUUGCCGCACUUGAUGCAAAGAGUAUCUCCAGCAUUCGCGUUGCCACUGUGCUCGUUCAAGGUCGAGAGGAACAAGGAAUCCACCGCGAGGGUAGCUAUAUGGAGGCAGCUAGGUGUUUGCAGAAGCUACACGAUGGAGAGCAGCUUCUGCGGAUGCGAUCAGGGCGCCUUGGCGGGUCUGCACUUGGACACGAAACACUUGAAGGCGAUCGGUGAAGAUUUCUGUCAGGCUUUGUCGAUGAUGAAAGACACUGGCAUAGACUGGGAUAUCGACAAGUACGUUCACGAGCGGAUUCCAAUGGGAGAUGGCAUUCCCGAGGAAUCAGGGUGCAUGGAGGGCGAUAUUUCGUCCAGCUGCGAAUCCGACGAGUCCGAUUUCGAAACUUAGGCCCGUGACGAAGCAUCAGAGACGACGGAUAUCGACGAUGAUCUUUAUUUUUUCUGGGCCCCCGUUGCGCUUCCUUGUCGUACGUCGAAGAGGCUGUGCCGGUUUUGGUUAUCGAAUAAAAAUGAAAAGAGACCACAAUCGAACAUUCUGCACACUUUGAAGAACUUUUAUUUCAAACUCGUAACAAAUGUCAAGCUAAUUCUACGGAGAAUCCUACCUAGAACCGAAGCGCCGUUUUGUAUACAACUUCGAAAAACGUACGCGUCGUCUGUCUUUUAUAAAUCGAAAUUUCCAUUGAAUUUGAGCAUCACGGACGAGCACGAGAGAUCGUUAACGUACGAAGGUGGAUAUUCCCUGUUACCGGAAUUUGAGAACUUCGUUCAGCAACGAGUCAGAAAAUUCGCAAAUUAUCCAAGAAAUCAGAAGGCAGGAAGAUGAUCGCUAUUUUUGUUGGAGAAACGCAAACUAAUCAAUCUGACAUUUUCGGUUGUUACAUUGUCUGGAAAGUCAGUUUUCUUGUUCGUUAAAUUUCGCUUACUUUGCGUAUACUUUACCAAAUGUGAUUACAAAAAAUAAAGUCUACCGAUACACACAAACCAAUGUUACCCAUUUUUGAAUUUCUCGUAUUCUUAAAAUUUUAGUCGGCUAAAAGCAAGGGUCUAGCUAAUCAUUUUACAUUCUUAACAGGUAAAAAUAUUACUACCAAGUCUUCGUAUUAAAAAAUUAAUUUUUUUUAUCGUGGCGAUCAACGUUAACCCCUUGCCACUUUGACGACUCUGACACACUUCAACUGUGAUCAAUUUUACUCGAAUUCUGAGUGCGUUUCAAUUUAGAAUUUAAGUCCAAUUAUUUGCAUAGUUAACGAUUGAUACCAAACAAAACAUAGGGCAAGGGGUUAACGAUAUAUUCCAAUAUUUGAUAGAACUGUUAGAUCGCUAUAGUUUCGCACGAAGUAUGGCAAAUUCGGGUCGCUGUCGCGUUGCUCAUUUUUAAUGUAAGCUACAAGCGUUACAGAUAAUCGGUGUUUAUCAGAUAAGUAUAA